UUCUUCUAGACCUGCAAAGUUUGAAUCAGUUUUUAAUGCACUUGUAUUUUGAAAUGGCAUUUUUGUAUACACAUUUUGCAGGGUAAUUGCUGCAAUAAUUCCAUCAAGGACAAGGUAUCUACAGAAACGUUUUCAAUGUACACAGCCAGCAACUUUUGUGCCUUGCUGUGUAUCAAUCUGGCAGCAUUUUGGCUUUCUAAAGGAGACGUUUUUCAAUGUUGUGAUGGCUCUGUGAUUCCAUCAGUGGAGUUGUGUGAUUUCACCUACCAAUGCAAGGAUUGUAGUGAUGCAGAACAAUGUUCCUAUUAUGAAAAAUGUGAUUUUGAAAGUGAUCUGUGCAAUAUGAAAAAUGAGAAAUCACCUGUUGACUGGAUAAGGAGAAACGGAAGGAACAUCAUAGGCUCUCCUCAUUCUGACCACAAUGGGAACAACACAGCCCAUUUCCUUACACUGUCCUCUGAACACAUCCCAUUUCCGGCCAUUCUGAGGAGCAGAGUGAUCUUUGUGGCUAGCAACCAGCUCACCUGCCAGAUUUCGUUUUACUAUUGGAUUGGUCAAAUAAAUGGAACCCUCACGGUGGGACUCCAAACCAAUUCUGAUAGAGCCUCGGGGACCAUAUGGCAAGAAAGAGGAGGAAUUAAAAAUCAGUGGCAAAGAGCUGUGAUCACAAUCAACAAUACUCUGAAUGUCGAGGUUUCCAUCAAAGGACAAAUAUUUGAACCUUGGGCACCAGGAGAAACCAUUGCUAUUGAUGAUUUUUCAGUCACUGAAGGAUGUCUGCUGGCUUUUGCAGAUACUUCACUGUGUAAGGAGAGAGUCCAUGCUUGUGAAGUCAAGACCCAAGUUCCAGAUCAAGAGCACUUCAGUAAUCCUUCCAGCAUCCCUUUCAAUUGCACACAUGGAGGAUUCUGCUUUCAACAGAACUGCAGUUUUAAGAUUCACGUGUGUGACUGGAAUUCUGAUGCAUCUGCAGAACAUUCCUGGGUUCCUGUGAAAGAAUUAGAUGAUCGUGGCUUAAAAUCUGUUCUUCUGAAAGAUAGAAGCAAUGACACCAAUGGCCACUACAAAUGGGUCAACACAUCAUAUGAAAGCCCAACUCUGAAUGGCACAAUGUGUCAUUGCUUUGGUGAAAACUGCCAUAUUUGGUUUCAUUACACCAUGGUGGAUAACAGCGUUCUCAAAGCAGUCCUUUAUACUGAUGCGGAUGAACAAGUGGUGCUGUGGAGAGCCAGUGCAACAACUAACAAUGAGUGGGUGAAAGCAGAAAUACAGAUACUAACAGAUCUUAAAAAAACCAAGCUUCUUUUAGAAGGAACAUUCGAAAGCAACAUGAGCACCAUCUGCCUGCAUUACUUUCAUUUUGUGGGAAACACAACAUCAGACUUGCCAGAGGUUUGUUCUUCUGAACGAUUUGCUUGUGCCAGUGACCAAUGGAUUGACAGUAGUUUGGCCUGUGAUUACCAGCUGGACUGUUUGGAUGGAAGUGAUGAAGAUCCAGCAGCUUGUGCAAAUUACACUCUCUGUGACUUUGAGUCUGACCUUUGCGAAUGGAAGACACUGAACACAAAGGAUGUACAGUGGAAGAUAAUGAAAGCACAAACUUCUGGGGAUUCCCUCCUUCCUGGAACAGAUCAUACAACUAGCAGCAAUAAGGGAACCUUUAUUUAUGUGACUGGCUCACCGGAGGCAAACACUAAGCCUAUAAUUUCUCACCUCAGCAGCCCAGUCUUUACAAAACUCCCCAGCGAUGCUCUGUAUUGCCAGAUGAGAUUUUGGUAUCAGUUGUCCCAGGAUUCCCAGCUGAGUGUCUUUCUUCGAACUCCUGUUGAUGGGGAUUUGCAAAGCUUACAUAACUCAAAGCCUUUCAAGAGCACAAUGCAGUGGACAAAAGCAAAUGUCCUUUUAAGAAAUAUCACUGGCGAUGAAAUUGUAGGACCUUUUCAGAUAAUUCUACAAGCCACUGUUCAGUCAACAAAAGCCUUUGUUGCUGUUGAUGACAUCAGUAUAACAAAGGCCUGUAGGACUAAUUAUAAAUCAUUUUCAAGUACUGAACAAAAAGGGGCAACAAUCUUGGAAACCUCUGAUUCUUCAUCUCUUUAUUGUCCACCUGGAUUGUUGGCAUGUAAGAAUGGAGACGGUAUUACUUCUGACAAGUUUUGUGAUUUCACUCCUGAUUGCCCAGAUGGCAGUGACGAAGCCCUGUGCUCUCCUAAAUGUGACUUUGAAACAGACAGCUGUGGCUGGAUGGAAACAGCCAGGGGUGAUGCAUUUGAUUGGGUAAGGAGCUCCAGAAGCGGUCUACCCCCUGCUUUCCAGAAGCAAGCUCCAGCACGGGACCACACCUAUAACCAACCUGCAGGCCACUUUAUGUUCAUUCUAAGAAACAGCAGCAGUUUCUCACAGACUGCACAGCUACGAAGCCCCAAAUUUAGCCAGGCUGGAUCAGGUUGCACAAUGACCUUCUGGUAUUACAACUAUGGACUAUCAGUUGGAGCAGCAGAAAUGCAAUUGCUUGUUGAUGGACAAAAAGAUCCUACAGCCCUUUGGAGGAUAUAUUACAAUCAAGGAGAUCAGUGGCUAAAGGGUUUCAUUCAACUUGGCCGCCUUCCACACCCAUUUCAAUUAUCUCUAGAUAAAGUCAGCCUUGGAUUUUAUGAUGGUGUCUCAGCAAUUGAUGAUAUAACAUUUGAGAACUGUGCAAUGCCACCUCCAGCAUUAAACUGCGAAGGCCCUGAUCAUUUCUGGUGCCAAGACUCAAAGGCUUGCAUCAACAGUUUGUUAUUGUGUGAUCUUGUUGAUGACUGUGGAGAUGGAUCUGAUGAAGACAAAUGCGCAACUGAGCUGCAGUGCGACUUUGAACUUGGCCUCUGCAACUGGGAACAAGAUGUGGAUGAUGACUUCGACUGGACCAGAAACCAAGGGCCAACCUCCACUUUUAACACCGGGCCAAUGAAGGACCACACUUUGGGCACAGCCAAAGGGCAUUAUCUUUACAUUGAGUCUUCAGAGCCACAGAUGUUCCAAAACCAAGCCGCUUUGCUAAGCCCAGUCUUUAACUCUACCUUUGCACAUGGAAAGAAAAGCUGCAUUUUUCGCUUCCAUUAUCAUAUGUUUGGAAAGCACAUUUACAGGCUGGCAGUUUCCCAGAGAACUGUGAGCAAUACAAGAGGACAGCUGCUGUGGCAAACAUUUGGCGAUCAAGGCGACAGAUGGAUAAAGGAAGUGCUCUACGUUGAGAGUUCAGAGCCAUUUCAGAUCUUGGUGGAAGGUACUGUGGGGGAUGGCUUCACUGGAGACAUUGGAAUUGAUGACCUAUCUUUUAUGAACUGCACACUUUACAACGGGAAUUUGCCAGUUGAUUCAACAACUCCUUCAGGGACAUCCAUUCCCGUGACACUUCCUAUGAACAACUGUACAGAAAAAGAAUUCAUCUGCAGAGCCACUGGCCGAUGCAUCAAUAUCACCCAGAAGUGUGAUUUCCGUCCUGAUUGUUCUGACAGAUCUGAUGAGUCAUCUUGUGCCUCAGAUGCUUGUGACUUUGACAGUGGAAACUUCUGUGAAUGGUAUCAGCCUGCUGCUCAAGUGGCAACAAGAGCUUCAUCCCAUACUGUUAAUAUAUUCCAGUGGGGCCUUGGAAAAGGAGCCAGCAUCCACCCAGGUGGAGAGGGCCAUAGACCGUUGACUGAUCAUACUACGGCAACUAAGGAAGGCUGGUAUCUCUAUGCAGACAGUUCCAAUGGACAAUUUGGACAUACUGCUGACAUUACCACUCCAGUAAUUUCCCAGACUGGACCGAAGUGCAAGCUGGUGUUUUGGAACUACAUGAAUGGGGCAACAGUGGGUUCACUGAAGGUGCUCAGAAAAGAGGGAAACAUGUCUUUUGAACUUUGGUCACAGAGUGGCCCCCAGGGUCCUCAGUGGAACAGAGCUGAAGUGCAUUUAGGUGUUCAAUCUUAUUUUCAGGUUAUCUUCAGGGCGAAAAGGGGCAUCAGUUAUGUGGGAGAUGUGGCAGUGGAUGAUAUUUCAUUUCAGGAGUGUUCCCCCUUACUGAUCCCAGACAGACACUGUACUUCUGAUGAAUUUACCUGUGCCAACAAAUACUGCCUCCCAAAGGAUAACCUUUGUGAUUUUGUGAAUGACUGUGCAGAUAACUCAGAUGAGAAUCAAAGCAUUUGCAGUAUGUCCAUUGGGCGCUGUGAUUUUGAGUUUGAUCUCUGUGAUUGGGAACAAGAUCAGAAUGACGACUUUGACUGGAAUCUCAGAAUUGGAGGAAUCCCAAGAGCAGGCACUGGGCCAGUAGCUGAUCAUACCUUGCAAGAACCAUCUGGUCAUUACAUCUUUAUAAAAAACUCCUUCCCUCAGUUGCCAGGGCAAGAAGCCAGAAUUACUAGUGUGACUGUAAGCAGAAAGAGCAAAAAUUGCAAGGUAAUAUUCUACUACCACAUGUAUGGAGCUAACACUGGAUCACUAACUGUCUACCAGGUGACAGCAUCAAAUCCCCCCCAAGUAUUAUUCAGCCUCUCUGGAGAUCAGGGGAAUUUCUGGAAAAGAAAAGUGCUGCUAUUAGAAGCCUAUGAGGACUUCCAGAUCACCUUUGAAGGGCGUGUUGGAAAAGGCUACAGAUAUAUAGCCCUUGAUGACAUCGUGUUUACAAGGGAAUGCUUGCCAUCAUCAGGGUUCUUGCCCGAUGAACCUACAGCAUCACCCCCAACAGGCUCUUGCUCACAUGGUUAUUUGGAAUGUCUCAAUGGCAAGUGUUAUAGACCAGAACAAAGCUGCAAUUUUGAGGAUGACUGUGGAGAUAAUACUGAUGAGAGAGAAUGUGGGACCUCCUGCACUUUUGAAAAUGGCUUAUGUGGUUGGCAGAAUUCCCUAGCGGAUAACUUCGACUGGGUUAUAGGAACCAGCUCACCUCAAAGCCUCAGGCCUCCAAAAGACCACACACUUGGAAAUGGGAAAGGACAAUUCCUCUACCUUGAAGCGAUGUCACUAGGAGUAAGAGGUGAAAAAGCACUUCUCAAGAGCUCCAGAUGGGCAGAGUCUAGCACCACUUGCAUGCUGAGUUUCUGGUACUACAUGUCUUCAAAAGCAACAGGACGCAUCCAGGUUCUCAUUAAGACUGGGAGUGGUCUUUCAAAGGUUUGGAGUGAUUCUGGAGACUAUGGUGGCCUUUGGAAGAAAGCAGAAAUACAUCUGGGGAAGCUGAGAAAUUUUGAAGUUCUGUUUGAAGGCAUUCGGAUCAAGGAUCUUGGAGGAGGAGCAGCAAUAGAUGACAUUGUCUAUGAGAACUGCAGCACAGUUGGAGAGGAUUCUGGGGUGUGCCCUACUGUUACCGACUUCAUAUGUUGGAACAAGAAGUGCAUUGAAUCUCACCUUGUUUGUGACUACAAGGCUGACUGCAAAGACCUGUCUGAUGAAGCUGAUUGCAGCCAAUAUACCACCGUCCCAGGAAGCUGUAGCUUUGAAACACAAGGCCACGACUGGACUGCUGUGUGUGGAUUUACACAAGAUCCUGAAGAUGAAUUUGACUGGGACGUUCACAGCAAAGCUGUCAUAGAACCAGGAGGUCCACUCAAGGAUCACACACCAGGUAAUGGGCACAAUUUUUUGUAUGUCAAUUCAUCUACUCAACAAAAAGGGGACAGAGCAAGAAUAGUUACCACCCAGUACUUCCCAGCCAGUCUGGGGAUAUGCACAUUGCGCUUCUGGUUUUGGCCAUUUAAUUCUCCUAAAAUUGGAUUGUUAAAGGUUUAUGCCAUUGAAGAAUUUGGAAUGGAUAUAUUGAUGUGGGCAGCAACUGGAAAUGCAAAAAAUACAUGGACAUAUGCAAAUGUGGUCCUUUCCAGCAAUAGUCCUUUCAAAGUGGCAUUUGAAGCAGAAGUAGGAGCUAAUGAGCCCAUCGAAUUUGCUCUCGAUGACAUUUCUUUCACACCAGAAUGUGCAUCAGGAGGACCAAUUGUACCACAACCUCAAACGUGUGGCAGUGAGAGAUUCACAUGCAGCUACGUAAAGCAGUGUGUGCCUCUUUCUGCAAAGUGCAAUGGACUGGAAGACUGCACUGAUGGGACUGAUGAAAUGGCCUGCCCUACUGAGCAACCUACCACAGGUUCCCCAAGACAUUGCAAGGAAGCGGAAUUCCAGUGUGCUAACCAGUCGUGUAUCCCAUCACUCCUGAGAUGCGAUGGUGUGGCCGACUGUAGGUUCAAUGAAGAUGAAGCCAAUUGUCCUAUUAAAGAUUGCUUCAAUGGGUCCUUGUUGUGUCCAUCGACUAAUAGCUGUAUUCCAUUUUCUCGGCGAUGUGAUGGCAUUGUAGAUUGCAUUGAUUUUGCUCCUGAUGAGUCUAGCUGUUCAGAUUGUCCCGAGGCAUAUUGCAAAAAUGGAGGAACAUGCAGUAAGGAACCUGUUCCCAUCUGCCAAUGUGAAAAUGAGUGGAAGGGAAACCGUUGCCACAUGAAGGCUAAGUCUCCUCCGACUCCAUCUUCUGGUUCCCUGCAAAAUGAUACUUGGACUGGGCUAGGGAUUGGAUUAGCUUUCCUGUUGAUUGAAAUUGCAGUCGCUGUUUCAUGCAUCCUUUCAAAGAGGAAAUUGCCAAGAACGAAACAGGAAGAGAUCCUCAAAACUGCAUUUGACAACCCACUUUAUGAGGCACGGAGUGUAAAGUCUACAGAGUAUGCUGCCUCACUGGGAGUUCAGAUCAGUGUUUCUCCGUGGCAGGCACAGCAGGAGCUGUUUCGCAGUAAUGACAUCAUGGCCGCUUCCUUUGCCAACCCUCUAUAUGGCACAACGACAGGAAAAGAGCAGACGCUAUGAGAUGUCUCUGGAAAAUGACAACUGCCUCAUCCUUGACAGUCCAAUGGAAGCAAUCUCCUUAGAAAUGGACCACUGUUAUUUAAGAAAGUCAGUCUCUCCUCUGCCUUCAAACCAAGAAGGGUGCCAGCAAGCUUCUCUGUUCCAGUGUGAACAUUCUCUUCUCAAAGGCAUUGCUAGCGUCAUCCUGUGCAUGACCAGCUUCCAACAAGCAGAGUGCCCAUCCAAAUGGAUUUUCAGACGAAAUCUUACCUUGGUGUUCACUGCUCAUGUACAUGAAACCUCAAUUAGGUAAACAGCCAUUCCAGUAUUUCUAGAAGGCCAAGGAGACACUGAUUAUUGAGGAGUCUCUUCAUUUGAAGUUAGCCACCACAAUGGCUGUGAUCCAGAGAGCUCUUUCUGCGAGUGAAAGGCAGUUUAGCUUGCGCAAGAGGAGGCCUCUGAUUUCCACCACCCGCCUUGUAUAUGCAGUGGCAGCCCCCGUGUUGCAUCCUAUGCCAUCAUGAAAGGUCUCCUGAUCUAAAGAAGAUACAGUGGGGUACACUAGGAGGGUGGAAAUACUUCAUUGUCCGAGCAGCACUGUACUUGCAAUUGUCUGGAUCCUGCCUUGUGUUUCCUUUUGAGGCAUAUGCCAAAGAAUUGGAAAAAAAAAAUGCAAUGCUGCCACAAGAUUUGUUGUUAUCGGCUUGUGUAUCAAAACCAUGAACUGCAUACUGAUUUCCCCUUCCCAGCUAAAGUUAGAGCAAGAUUUGAGACACAGAGUGCUCUAGAUCUAUUGACGUUAGCACAUAAUAAAUUUGAAAAAUAUGCUUUACCUGAGAUUGCUGGGUGACAUUAAUCAUAGGAAUGAUGCCUCCUACUGGACAGAGUCCACUGAAGCCUUUUGCCUCUUCUCCGAGGACCAUCCUUUGCCUCAGUCCAAUCCUA